UCUGAUACUUUGUGUCGUGGCAAACAUAUCGUUCGAGUCGUUGCGUUGACUUAGGCUUGUUCGCGUUGAAGUUAGCCCGGUUAUUCGCGUAUCGUGUUGUUUUAUGUUCUGCAUUAUUCACAACUGUUAAGCCGGAGUUUAUCGUCGGCCUUGUUGUUAUUUCCUGCUCAGGAAGUAAAGCAGAGAACUAUCGAAUGUUUGUGAUGAUUUUCGAGUUCAAUCAAAGUUCUAGCAUCGGACCGUUGAUGUAAAUUUCCGGACACUUGGACUGAAUGCUACCUGUGAGCAUGAACGUCGCAUUUGCUUAUCGUUACACCUGGAAUCGCGAGAUUGUUUUCAACUCACAAAAACUGGUUAAGAGACGGCCGAAACUUGCUGCCUGAGCGCUGCGGGAGUAUUUUCUGAAAAAAGUCCUCCGCACAGCCGGAAACCAAUUCGAAGAGAGGAGCAAGGAUAUCACUGGAGGAGAAGAGGAGGAACCACGUGGGAUAUUUUGACGAUCCGCAAUCAAACUAGAGAAAGAGAGAGAUAUUUCUAGUAGACUCGAAUUUUGUUUUGGCACCAUUCAAGCAGGGAUCUGAAGGAAAGUGAAGUUUUAUCUGUGAUCUAAAAUUGCUGUGUUUAGUUUGUUCAGUUAAAUCAACGAAAUCCAAAAAAAAAGUAAAGCUCGAAAUAAGAAAUACUACAUCUUCUCAAGACUCUCUACAUACAACUAUAUGCUAUAUAACAAACAUUCUAUUCAAUGAACUUAAUUUCUCCAUCUAUCGAUAAGAAGAGCUCUGGAAAAAAGGAACAUUUAGUGUGAAUGUCAGACAAAUUUUUAUAAUCGUAACCCAAGAGAAACCGAUAGUCAAUUUAGGCGCCAUAUUUACAAAACCUUUAGCCUUAACCGAGUAACUAGAUAUUAUUUACUGUUCUAAUAAGCCGUACAACAGAAACCAAGAGAAAUCCAGUACAAAAAAGCUUCGCGGUAAAAAAACACCACCGAAGGGGGGCAGCUUUUUAGAAGGAGAGGAGGAAAAAACAAGCGAAAUAUACUUUGACACGCCAAUACGAAGCUUAUGUGUACAAGACCAGUCUUAUAAAAACACAUUACGUAGCAGAAAAAACGCCACAGAAAAUACUCCCAGCUCAGUAGUAGCAGUGCGAAGGCAGCUAAACCAGCCAACAAAAUGAAUGACUACGAUCAAUGGCUUGGUGAGAAAUUGAAAUUGCCCCAGCUGGCCGCCGGUAGCUACGUCACGCCAUCCCCACCAUCGGCCAUCGUGGCGGUCGCUCCCGAAAUUGGUCCCUACCCCCACCAACAGCAGCCGGUGAAGGUGCAAAACACUGAAGAGCUAUUGAUGGAAUUUUAUUACGUGUAUGAGAACGUAGAGUUGACUCAUUUGACACCACCCCAAACACCGCCCCAGGAUCAGACUCAAUUCGGUAGCCAACCAGAGCAAUCACAGCCGUCAUAUGUUGCGCAACAACCACCGCAACAGCAGGCCAAUCUAUCUGCAGCGACAGCUAGUGAAUACUAUGGAUUUGGAGCGCCGAUGAAUGGAUUGUUGGUGAACUCGAUCCAGACUAUCGGCGGCCAGUCGAAUGUCGCGGAACCGCUGCAGCAAGUUCCGGGCCAGUACCCACUAGCGGAUAGCUUUGGUUUCCAACCGGUCGACGAAGUGGAAAACAUCGCUCGUAAUCUGGAGCUAGUCGAGGAGAUUGUCCGAUCUCGCUCGAAGGAUCUUCCCGAUUGCAACGAUGACGAUGAUUCGUGCUCGUUCUCUGAAACAGGCUCUGUCUCUAGCUCGUCACCGAUGAGCGACUCUAGCUCGUCCUACUGUGGUUCUGCCUACUCACGAGAUCAGGAUGACGAAUGGAGUCCAUCGAGCGGCAAAAAACAUUCAUUCGGUAAAAUUUCAGGAAACAGUUCCGUGAAGAAGCGCACCCGUCCGUAUGGCCGGGGAGUGGAAGAUAAAAAAUCCCGCAAGAAGGAGCAAAAUAAGAACGCUGCCACACGAUAUCGUCAGAAGAAGAAGGCCGAAAUUGAAGAGAUUCUGAUUGAGGAAAGUAAGCUGAAAGAUAGGAAUGAUGAAUUGAAGAGCAAAUCUGCCGACAUUGGUCGCGAGAUUCGUUAUCUCAAGAGCCUAAUGCGCGAGGUUUGCAAAGCAAAAGGCCUGAUUUGAUUGAACCGCCGAAAUAAUGUGUCUAUAUACUAAGAGUACCUUUUUGUUUAUAUUUCUUAUACGAGAUACCGUUAUACAUUGUUUUAAACAGCAGGUCGUCUAAAAGUGAUUAUGUAGUUGAUAAGAUUUGUUUUUUUUUCAAUUCAUCACUCGACACCACCCUUGUCUGACAGUGCUGAAUGCUAAUGAAUCUUUUUGAAUUGUAAUCAUUAUUGAAUACAACAUACUUAGUGCAUAAGAUUACCUUAAGGCCAACAUACUGCAGAAGUCCGUAUUCUUCUGGAAUUAAUUCGAUUGCCUACACUUUCUAAUGAUGAUAAAACAUACAUUUAUGAUAUGAAAAAUGGAAGCCGCUCAAAUAUUAUUGUCCGCGAUUCGUCACCGAGAGAUCAGUGAAAUCAGUUUUGGCCACAGUGUAUGACGUCCGCUCAGCGAGACCGAAGUUUUGCUGUCGUGUCGGGGACUGUGGCUGAACUCUCGGACGAAACUGUGGUGGUGAAUGCGAAAUUUAUAAUCAGCCUCCAUCUUUGCGGAGGAAAGUGUACGAAAUAUGAAAAUGUUUUAGAAAAUACCAAUCUUCUUCAUCCGUGCGAAAAUUGUCUCGAAUUGUUACGAAUCAAUGUCCUAAAAUUGGAAGUUUUCUUUUGCAAAUUAUUCUUACCAUCACAGUGAAUCGAGUAACAGAUUCGAACGGAAUAAUUUUGAGAUGUUACUAGCAUUUCUUUCAAUUUAAAAAAAAAAAUGAAAUUUUCAUUCAAUAUGCUGAAAGCAUAUUGCAUAAUAAUAUCAUACGCAAAGAGUAAGUUGAUUUAUUUCGAAACAAAGCUGAAUUAUGAUCAUUCUAUCGCAGUGCGAAAGGACGAUGUUUUGAAUAUUUCUUUAAUGCGAUGAGAUUUAUUGUGAAAUAAAGGGAUAAGAAGAUA